GAACUUGGUGACACAAUGAUCCAGUUUGCCCACAAGUUGUGAUGCUCAGGAAAUCGGCCUCGUCUCAGUGUUACUGACUCACAACUUGUGCUCAGAAAAUAAUCAUCAGAGUUGAUGUCAAGUCACAAAAACCAGUAAUGAAUCUACUCCUCACGCUCUUCCUACUGUGGACCUGCCAAGGAGGAAUUUAUAGCAAAGAGAAGAAGCCAUACUGUACUAUCCAGACUGGGUCAGUGCGAGGGAGGGAGGGAGACAGUGUCACUAUCCCGUGUUGGUUCAGUUACCCCGGGUAUCAAGGGAACAGACCCAACAAUCUGAGAGUCUAUUGGAGAGAAGCAAAGGAAUCCCCUUGUGGAAACAACAUUAUCAUUUAUAAUCACACAGAGAACUGGGUCCAUGGAUCCUACACAGGGAGAAUCAGCCUGGAGGGAAACCCCAAGGAACAGAAUGUGGUGUCUCUCCGGAUCCAGAAGAUCAGCCGCACGGACGGUCCAAUGUUCUGUUGCCGCCUGGAACCAGAAGACAAUGGAUUAAAACCAUGGCAAAAUAUCCAAGGGACAUUCAUACAAUUUCCAGGUGAAUUCUCAGUACAACAGGUGGAUACAGUUCCUGCCAUUGAGGGAGAAACCACCAUUAUCCCCUGUCUUGUUCAUUCUGCACCCGGGGAAAUACGGGAAGUAACAUGGCGGUGGGGGGACAGUCCUAUGUGUUCUGAUAACCCUAAUACUAUGAAAUGGACAUCAGAUGAAAGGUCAGAGAAGCACACAGAGUUCUCACUGGUGGAUUUCCCUAGAGACGUCUCAUUACGGAUUAAAGGAGUUGCCCCGUCCCAUAGGAAACAUUACUGCUGUGAGGUGAAAGUGAGAGAUAAAACUGCACAAAGUGUUCAAGGCACAGAGCUGGGAGUUGCAGCCUCUUCGCCCAGUGAUACCUUCUCUAUUACCCAGAGUCCAGAACUCACAGUCCAGUCUGGAGACUCAGCCUCCAUCAACUGCACCUUCUCUUCUCCUCACAACAGAGACCCCUUGUGGGUGGGAGUUUACUGGCGAGUGGGGAACCGGACGGGACCAUUUGCCUAUCACCCCUCCCAGGAGAUGGUCCAUCCCAUGUACAAGGGGAGGACAGAGCUGAGGGGGGAGGCAGAUCUCUAUAUAAGGAACGUGCAGGAGGCUGAUAAUAACACCUCGUAUUAUUGUUUUGUCAUGCUCAGAUUUUGUGAGGACAUUAACAAGUUCAGUACAAAGACCAUUCAUGGGACAGGGAGCAGCCUGCAUGUGACAGCUCUUUCUGAGACAGGAUGGUUUAUUCCAUUGGUUCUAACGCUCAUUGCUCUCCUUCUAUUGGUUGGGACCUUGGCCUUCCUGAGGAUCAAAGGUAAAAUAUGUUUCUCUACAAACAAAGGACAAGAAACAAGUAUUUCAAGGUCCCCUGAUGCUUCUCCAAUAAGUCCAACAAAUCCCCCCAGUGGCCGGGGUACCCUGAGUCCAGAGCCAGACAGAAAUCCCCAGACUGACCCAGAGGAGUCGUCAGGAAUUCUUUAUUCUCAUAUUAACCACAAGGGUCACAGUAGCCAAUACAAAAAGGAGAAUUCAACCGCUGAGAGUGAGGGCGGGGCAUCAGUAUUAUAUGCGGUGGUUGGAAGCGCAGACCAUGGGGCUGUAGAUGCCUCUGUGCAAAAGAGAAAUAUUUCAGCCUCGUCUCCCCCUCAUCACAACCAAUGAGCAUCACCUCUCAGUGCAGAAUUUCAUCUUCCAUUUUCCACUUCACAGAAAGUUGUGUUUCAUGGAAAUUAAUUCCAGCUCGCGGCACAGAAAUAAGUGCGAGGACUGGGCCAAAUAGCUGAUCCCACUGGUUAAGACAAAGUUGGUGUGAGACUUACAUUAUAAUGAUGUGACGUCGGAUAAUGGACUUUAACCGGGAAAUCAAAGUAAUAAAAUAUAUAUUCCAAUGAUGCCUUUUAGCUAAUGAAUGUCCUAAACUGUAUGUAUUGCUUUCUGUGCCCUUCUGAAGAUAUUUACAGUUAAAUCCUGGCACCUUGGUUCAAAUUUCUUUCCAACCAGGAAUCUGAUUUGGAUUUUGUGUUGUCAGAGAGAUCAGCUUAUUUGGUAGAAUCCGCUCCCAAACAUUUUCAAUUCGUGGGUCCUGGUGCGCGUACCCUGACUGGCCACCUUCCAAACCUCAUCUACUGUAUUAAGUCCAGCACCUCAAAUCUUUUCU